GCCUGGGGCGGGGCUUGGCGGAGGAAACUGAGGCAAGAGCGAAGUCCCCGAUGAGCCGCGAGGUUACCCCCGGUGGAGCCGCCCCCAGAGGGGUCCCCGGGCUCCGGACCCCCAGCCUGAAUCUUCGGGGCGCCCGUCUUGCUGAGGACCUGGGAGGCGGGGCCUGGAACUCCAGAACUUCAGGGUCCGAGGGAGGAGGGACUUGGGGGGUCUGGCCUCUCGGUCCUGGCUGGGUCAGCAUGCGCCCCCCUGCGCACCCCAGCUCCCCAUUGGGCAUCUCGCAGCCGGGGCAGGCAGCCGCUCCAGGUGGUCGCCCCCUUCCUCUCCUGAGAUGUCAGGAAGGAGGGGGCCGCCCGCGUCCCCCACAGGGGCCCCCUGGAGCCUGGGGGCCCCCAGCCCGGGAGCUCGGAGGCGGAGGAGGUGCUGACAGGUGCUCAGCGAGAUGCUGCCUCACCCUUCAUGGUCCCUCCCCAUCCUCCUCCUUUGCCUCCUCCCCAGUGUCCCAGUGGAACCCCAUCCCCCACCCUCUCCGCUGCCCCCAUUUCCAGCCCCUGAGUGGGACCUCCUGUCCCCACGAGUGGUGCUCUCCAGAGGUGCCCCCGCAGGCCCCCCGCUGCUCUUCCUCCUGGAGACUGGGGCCUUCGGGGAGCCACCCGGCAGCCCGGCUAACCGCAGCCGGCGAGGAGUGAGCGAGACAGCACCAGCAAGUCGCCGGGGAGAGCUGGCUGUGUGCGACGCAGUGAGCAGCUGGGUGACGGACCGGCGGACAGCUGUGGACUUGCGUGGGCGGGAGGUAGAGGUUCUGGGCGAGGUGCCCGCAGCGGGCGGCAGUCCGCUUCGCCAGUACUUCUUUGAGACCCGCUGCAAGGCUGACAACACUGGGGAAGAUGGCCCUGGUGCAGGCGGAGGGGGCUGCCGGGGCGUGGACCGGAGGCACUGGGUGUCCGAGUGUAAGGCCAAGCAGUCCUACGUGCGGGCAUUGACCACUGACGCUCAGGGCCGUGUGGGCUGGCGAUGGAUUCGAAUCGACACUGCCUGCGUCUGCACACUCCUCAGCCGGACCGGGCGCGCCUGAGGCCUCUGCGCAGGAACUGGGCAAGCAGAGGAAGAAGAGAGCUGGAUGCUGAGGGACCUCAGGGGCUGCUCUGGGCCUCAUGGUGGGAACUUGUUAAGUCGUCGCAAAGUCAGCUCAAUCUGUACAAGACAGGUGGUAAAACCGGGUGGGGUUUUGAAGGAUGAAUAGGAGUUCUCCUGCGAACUCCAGGGUGGAUGAUGAUGAUGAUAGCCUAUAUUUUCCGAGUGCCUACUGUUUAAGACCUCUAAUACACAACUUGUCAGAUCAA